AACAAGGGGAGCCAGUCCUGUUGUCCCAGUCAAAUUUCCUUGGCUGGGAGUCGGGACCUCCCCGAAAAGGAGCCUCCUACGCUACCGAACCGGGGCUGGGGCAAUCAAUAUUUGGCCUGCUAGUCGCCUGCCUGGCCCCCGUCUCUUCGACUUCUCUCCUUGGCCUUCCCGUCUUUCAUACAAAUAGGAUCCCCUCCCUCGCCUUGUCGUCCGACACUUCCUCCCCUUCACUUCCAGUUCCUCUCAUAUCUUCCGUCAUCCUGUCUCGCAGCACAUCAUUGUCUCUAGGCUGCAGCCCCUAGUCUAUGCUCACGUCACCUUGAACCAUGUCUCCCCAUAAUGAUGCCCCAUCCCCAGAGGGGAGCUUCACUGCCGGUUUCAACAGGAUUCCCUUCCGACCAUCUGCCUCGUCUACUCUCGGACUGGGGACCGUCUCCAUAGACGAGUUGCACUCGUCGCUCAGCAGCUCCUAUGACAGUAGCUCGCUGGACCCAUCAGAUUUCCACAUGACCCGCCCACUCGUUCCUGGCGUCUAUGUGCCAACCAUGUGCUUCUUCGAGCCUGGUACCGAGGAUGUGGAUGUAGUCACCAUUGCACGCCACGCCGUGAGACUGGCCCGCGCCGGCGUGACAGGCCUUACCACUCAGGGGUCGAACGGCGAGGCCGUACACCUCACCCACUCGGAGAGGCAACUGGUCACGUCUACGACUCGGAAGGCGCUCAACGAUGCUGGGUAUUCCCACAUGCCCAUCAUCGUCGGCUGCGGCUGCCAGAGCACCCGGGAGACUAUUCAGUACUGCGUCGAGGCGUGGGAAUCCGGAGGGGACUAUGCGCUGGUGCUCCCUCCCUCGUACUACGCCGGUCUCUUCGCCCCGUCCUCGGAGACCAUCAUCGAGUAUUUCAACACCGUGGCAGACGCAUCGCCCAUCCCCAUCCUGAUCUACAAUUUCCCUGGUGCCGUGGGAGGCAUGGAUCUAUCCUCCGACGUCAUUCUCACCCUGGCCGAACACCCGAACAUCGUCGGCGUCAAGUUCACAUGCGGGAACACCGGCAAGCUCAACCGCGUUGCGGCAGCCACCCGGAGGCUGACCAAGAAGUACGACGCGCGCAACCCCGAGUUUUUGGUGCUUGCUGGCUCGGCCGACUUUGCAACCCAGUCCAUGGUCGCUGGCGGCCACGGGAUCCUGGCUGGACUGGCCAACAUCGCCCCCAAGGCCUGCGUCCAGACCAUCAAGCUCUACCAGCAGGGCAGGCUCACCGAGGCGCUGGAGAUGCAGGAAAUCCUGUCGCACGGGGACUGGACAGCAAUCCAGGGGGGCGUGGUAGGCGUAAAGGCCGGCCUACAGGCGUGGAUGGGCUAUGGCGGAUAUGCGCGCAGCCCUCUUCCGAAGCCAUCGGCCGAGCAAACCCAGAAGUGGAAGGAGGGCUUUAGGGACUUGGUGAUGCUGGAAAAGUCCCUAUAGCCUGCCCCCCUCCUUUCAAUUUCGGGAGUCUGGAGAGCUACAACCAUCACGAACGAAGAUG